CGCGCAAUAUAAUACAGUUAAAAUAACGCCACGCCACGCCACUUCGGUCGACGAUCACUACCCAUCAUGGCUUCACUGACAAGGCUUGUUGUGGGCAGGGUUGCACCGAGAACGAGGAUGUGCCAAGGCUAUUCCGUAUUUCGGCGUUCGAUAAACUUUUCAUGUCACGUUCAAAGCCGGUUUAUUUCGAGAAGAAAUAAUAACUUUAAUACCGUUGAUAAACACUUGUUUUGUCAGGAAUCAUUUUUUGGUUAUCAAUGUGGAGAUAAUAUGUUAAUUAAGUUAAAUUGUCGUAGACAUUUUUUUAAAAAUACUGUGAAUACAGCGGGACACAACAAGUGGUCUAAAGUCAAACACGUAAAGGGACCGAAAGAUGCAGCCAGGGCUAUGGAAAUCAGUAAAUUACAACCGAAAGUCAAAUACGCUGUUCAAACGGGUGGAUCUGAUGUAACUAAUAAUGCCAUAUUAGCAAGUUUACUAGAAUAUGCCCAUGCAAGAGGAAUACCUAGAUCUUCUAUUGAAUCCAUGAUCAAAUCAGCUGCUGGUUCCAAGGCAGCACCAUCGACAUCAAUCUUGUGUGAAGUGCGAGGACCAGCGGGUUCCUGCCUCUUAGUUGAUGUGUUGUCCGAUAACACUAAUCGUACAAGAACUGAACUGAAAACCUUGUUACGUAAAUUAGGAUGUUCCUUGGCAGAGCAAGGUUCAGCCUUGUAUGCAUUCUCACAUAAAGGGGUUAUCAGAGUACCUCAGUCAUCUAUACUUGUAGAUGAAGUUCUUGAUGUUGCCAUAGAAGCAGGAGCUGAGGAUGUGAUGGAGACUGAAUACGAGAAUGAAGAGCAAGUUUGGAUGUUCAUGUGCGAACCAAAAGAAUUAAGGAGUGUCUGCAAUUCACUAAAGUCGCUUAAUUACAAACCAAUAUCUGUCAGCCUGGAAUACAUUGCAGAAAACACAGUAAUACUCAAAGAUUCUGAAUUAGAGAAUGCAGCUCAUAUCAUAUCACAGCUUUCAGAUCAUCCUGAUGUAGUUAAAGUAUAUGACAAUAUAACCAGCGAAAGUUAACACAUAUUCUACAAUCCCUUUUUUUUUUAUAUCAUAUAUUUACUAAUGUGACAACAUACCAUGACUUACUAUUCUAUAAAUAUUACUCUUAUCAUUCGCAUGUUUUGAGAUUUAUCUUUUGUUGGUUGGUGCAAGUUGAUCAUUAGUUUUGGUCCAUUGUGUAGAAUAAAUAUUAGAGUGUGUUUAUUUUUGGAUUUUAUAAAACCCAUGGUGACAUACAGAUUUUAAAAUAAAGUGAGAUGAAUCUGCAUUCUUGAAAUAUACAAAGUGUAAUUGUACAGCGUCUGUAGUUUCCCCAAUCAAGAAUGAUAUAAAUCUAUUUAAAAUCAGGGUUUGAAAUUUGUGGAUACCCAUUUUAGAAAUCACAAUGUUUAUAUUCCAGGGGCAUUGCUACUUGCCUCGAGAUGCAUGUAGAAAUACUAGUAGACCAGUGAUUUGUAAUAUUUGUUUAUAUUAAAAAAUCAAUGAAAAUUAUUGAAAA